AAACUCUCGUGGGGGCCCCUGCCAGGCCCCGGGGCAAAUUGCCCCACUUGCUCCCUCCCCCCUGGGCGGCCCUGCAGUAUGGCCAUUCUCAUGUUCUUGUGUUAACCUCUGGCGUAGACAUUUUAACAUGAAGUUCCCCGCAUAGGCAGCUAUCCCAUUUUCAUAACUACAAGCGUCACAUUCAUCCCCCAGAAGGAGGGUUCCCGUCCCAGAGUGAACGCAGGGACGUAGGUAUAGCUCUUACAAACGGUACACACACCGCAGCCAGCCGCCCCUGUGACACUGAUCUGCAGCUUGUGUGAGUCGCCCACCCGUAUUCAGGGGCUGCUCGGGGAGGCGGACACCCCCACACUAGAGGGCUCUUGUCACUGGGAAGGGAGGAGAAGCUGCUUAUGUCUCGCUCAGCCUCAUUUGGGCUCACCAUUUUGGAGGCUGAACUUCCUGGGUCAGAGGCAGCCGCUGGUGCAUCCGGGAGCUCGGGCUGAGCCGCUGCCACUCCCCAACGGGGUGAGUCCUUCCCUACCGCCUCUCUGUGCCCAGCUCGGGGUGACUUUCUCCGGGGGAUGGCAGCCCCGGGCGCUGCUGACACCAGCCCCUGAGCCGGAGCCUGCAGGGGCUGGUGACCUUCGAGAAGGUGGCCCUGUAUUUCACCAAGGGGCAGUGGGAACUUCGGGACCCAGGUCAGAGAGACGUCAUGCAGGAGAACUAUGAGUCCCUGAUAUUGCUGGACUUUCCGAUUCCUAAACCCAACGUGAUCUCUCGGAUGGAAACAGUGGAAGAGCUGGGUAUCCCAGAUCCCCACGCUGCUAAGGAAUGGGAGAUCCUGAGAGUAGCCCCCACAGAUGAUGGGAUGGGGAGUGAGCAUGAGGAGGAGAAUCUGGAGCAGGAAAGCCCUGAGAUGGUGGAAUUGGACAUGAUGUUGCUGGGAAGCACUGAAGAGAACAUUUUCCAGAGCCCUGAACUUGGAGAAGCCUGUGAGAGUCAGUGUGGACUGGAGAGGCAGCAAGAAAACCACCCAGAUGAGAGACUAGGGAUAUCCACUCACCAGGGAGAAGAUUUUAAAGAAUUCAACAACAUCAGCAUCAACUGGAGAACAGAGAAGUCAGGAACCCAGAAAACAUGCACUGAGUGUGAGAAAACCUUUUCUUGGAGGUCAGAGCUGCUAAUCCAUCAGAGACUGCACACAGGGGAGAAACCUUACAAAUGCCUCGACUGUGGGAAAAGUUUCACACGAAGCUCAAAUCGUAAUGCACAUCAGAGGAUCCACACAGGAGAUAAGCCCUAUAAAUGCACUGAGUGUGGGAAAAGCUUCAGCCAAAGCUCACACCUGGUGAAACAUCAGCGGCUGCACGUGGGAGAGAAGCCCUACAAGUGUACAAAAUGUGGAAAAAGCUUCAGCUGGAGCUCAGACCUUAUUGUUCACCAGAGAAUCCACACAGGAGAGAGACCCUAUAAAUGCCUCGACUGUGGGAAGAGCUUCAAUCGGAGCUCGAACCUUAACACGCAUCAGAGAGCCCACAUGGGAGAGGGCCCCUACAAUUGCACCGAGUGUGGGAAAAGCUUCAGUUACUGCUCCUCCUUCAUUAGACACCAGAGAACCCACACAGGAGAGAAACCCUACAAAUGCACCGAGUGUGGUAAAACCUUCUUCGAGAGCUCAGCCCUUAUCAGGCACCAGAGGAGCCACACUGGAGAGAUGCCCUACAAAUGCACCGAGUGUGGGAAAAACUUCUUUGAGAGCUCAUCCCUUAUCAAGCACCAGAGGAUCCACACUGGAGAGAAGCCCUACAAAUGCCCUGACUGCGGGAAGAGCUUCAAGCAGAGCUCAUCCCUCAUCAAUCAUCUGAGGACCCACACCGGAGAGAAACCCUACAAAUGCACCGACUGUGGGAAAAGCUUCACUGUGAGCUCUGCUCUGAUUCGACAUCAGAGGAUCCACCUGUGAUAGACACCAGCUGCUGCUUUCCCUUCUGGAGCUUAGCUGCUGCUUACGUGAGGCCUGAAGAUAGGUCUGGGAACCAGAUCAGGCAGCUGUGGAUCCUUUGAGGUGCUGGGUGUUGGAAAGGGCCCUCAGAAAGCCUGGGUGUUUGGUCUCUUGUUAUUCAUUCAGAGACCUUGUCCAGUCUGUCACUGAAUGGAGCUGCCUGGAGAAGGACUAUGGUGUUUGAGCUGAUUCAGGCAGGGGCUAGAUCUCACCAGGUGUCAGUAUGGCAUCAGGCGUGAUGGGGCUCCACUCUCAGAUAGGCUGUCUCGAUUAAUGCACAUAUUAACAAUUAGAAAAGACUGGCCCUUAUUUUCCUCUUUCCCUGGUGGUCUCCUCGUCUUCCUCUCUCUCUCUUUCCCCUCUGUCCAGUCACUGGAUUGAAGAGGACCCAGGAGAAUCCCUGAGAGAAUGUACAGAGGUAAAGGAAAAAGCUGUGAAUCUGAGCUGUCCAGUCAGUGAAACACCCCCAGAGCCAGGGAGAUCUGGACAUGAGUGUGUUGUGUCUCAGCAAGUCUCCAGGAGGUGCCAGCUGGUUGAGGGCCUGCGAAGCUACAGGAGGAGAGGUGGCCAGAUGACACAGAGGCAAAGCCAAACCAGACAUCAGGCUGAUCUCCUGUGUGCUGGCAUGUAUUUGAAGGGACACUUCUCAUGUAUCCAUGGAGACCCAAGGGGCAAGUAAUGCUCAGGAUCUGAUUGGAUGGCCCAGGGAAGGAUUCCUCUGUUUCCUGUCUGUAACUAACUCACAGGGCCCCAUGUCUAAACGCAGCUGGGAAUCACAUUUGGUCUUAGCCCCACAGUAACAUCCCUAACCCAGGUGACCCAGCGACAACACAGACACAGGUUGUAGUGAAAAUGGAACCUUAUCCAAUCUUCCCUAAAUGGGUUAAAAGCUCAGGCUUCAGACUGUGUUCAAGGACAUAACUAGACACCUUAUGACCAUGUUAAAGUCAGGUGAGGGGAAUCUGUGCUGUAACUGGGACCUGAGUGAUAAAUGUUGUGUAGAUGGGGCCUGGUGUCUACAACACAGUUUUUCCUUGCAGGUGGGGGGCAUCAAAACCCUGUUAACAAGCCCAGCUUGAAGCCUGGAACAUGCCUAGGCUAGAGUAUGGGCCUCUAACUUGUUUAUUUGCCUGUCCACAUGGGCAAGAAGAAACACUGUAAUUACACAAUCUGGCCACAAACUUAUUCAAACAUGCUGGGCCAGAACCUCAGUGGGUGUAAAUCAGUGUAGCUUUGACACCAAUGGAGCAUGGUUGAUUUACACUAGCUGAGGAUGUGACCAGGUGAUUUCUGCAGGAGCUCUGUAUCGGGGCUGUCUGCACUCUUUCCAUUUUCUGCCUGCCCUAGUAAAGAAGCUUUGGUUACUGUA